AUGAUAAUGAACUUAAUAGCACUUGUACUAGUGAUAGGCUCAGUGACAGGACAAGUUAUGAAGGAGAAGGUUGAAAAUGAGCUCAUUCCAUUUGAACAUUUCGUUGGAACAGAUCGGGAAGGUGAAACUAAAACACUUGCUGAACGUAUGCAGCAUUGGUUUGUACCAGGUAUCUCUGUGGCUGUGAUCAACAACUACCAGGUGGAAUGGGCGGAUGGUUAUGGAGAAGCUCAAAAUGGCGUACCAGCUACGGCUGAUACCAUUUACCAGGCGGGUACCAUAAGCAGUUUUCUAAGCGCACUCACAGCUCUUAAAUAUGUGGAAAACGGAACACUAAAUCUCGAAACUAAUAUCAAUGAUUAUUUAACUUCAAACUGGAAGAUGUCAUACAAAAAGAGAAGAGACAAUAGAGUAAAACUGAAACAUCUACUCAGUCACAGUGGGGCUGUUACUGUUGACGAAUUCGAUGGAUAUACACGAGGACAGACUCUUCCAACCUUACAACAGACGCUCUCUAAGUCAGGUCCAGCCAAUAACCCUAAAGUGGAAUUGAUAGAGGAUCUCCUCGAUGUUAUAUUCAAUGACCCCUUUACCCCUGGUACACAGGAGGAUUACUCAUCAGGAGGAUUCGCAGCCCUCCAGCAGGUACUCGAGGAUGUCACGGGACAAUCAUUCAGCACAAUUGUUCAACAAUUGGUACUUGACAAGGCUGGUAUGUCAUCUAGUAGCUUUGCCAUUAGAGACUACAAUGACAUCAAUGGUGUAGCAUUUGGCUAUCAUUGCAACAGCUCAGAAGAAAGUGUCAUUCCAGGUAACUGGAACACAUACCCAGAAUCCGCAGCGCAGGGAUUGUGGACAAAUGUAGGAGAUCUCGCAAAGUUAGUAAUCAAUGUGGCCAAAGGGAAGAGUGGUGAUCCUGGUUCUAUCCUAAAUACUCAGUCGACCAACGAUAUGCUUACCAUUCAAUUGAAAAAUGGCCAAGGAAACCCAAGAGCUACAGAAGAUGGCACGUUUGGCCUAGGGCCGGAGGUAGUAGAUGGCCGAGCCUCGAGCAAAUGGUUCUUCAAUACUGGCUAUAACGAGGGUUAUUGUAGCGAGGUAAUUGGAAAUACAGAUGGAAGAGGGUUGGUGAUGAUGUCAAAUCUCGGCUGUGAACGCAGCCACUUUCUUUUAGGAGAGUUAUUUCGCGCCGUUGCUGCAGCUUAUAGAUGGGAAGAUGCUGAAUCAGCUAAAAUUGACUUUAACACAAGGCUUCCGGCUAAGAUUCCGUUAGAGAGCCCUCAACCAUGGGAAGGACUGUAUAAAGUGGAGCCUUAUGACACCGGCAUACCCGGUGUUGGGGUGAUCCAGCCAUUCCAGAGUGUAUAUGUCUCUGCCAAUACUGUCCAGGUGGACCAAGCUGUGUGCAUUGUCUAUAUGUACCCAUGUGCUAACUUAGAUAACGUGUACUGUCCUACAAUUAGUAUAUUCCAAGAUGUAGGAGACAAACUAGGGCAGCUCACAUUUACACCAGAUGGCGCCAGUGGUUAUAAGGGAGAACUUUACUUAGGAGUGGUACCUAUAGUCGAUGUCGAAGUGAAGGUUUCACUGACCAGAAUAUCUGCCUCAACCGGAACCUUUCCCACUGAAACAACUCCUAGAACUCCAUCUGGCAAUACAAGGAACACUCCACCUGCUGGCGUUUCAACAACAAUGUCUAUAGCUGGGUCGACUACAAGUCCCUUUACUGGCAGCACAGCAUGUCGCUUCCUAUCAAACAGUUUUAUAGCAGUGCUGUGCUCAUAUCUUGCCUUUGUCUUUAUAUCUUUUAAUUGCUAA